AUGUCUCACCGCAUCUUCGGGACACACCCAGCUCUCAAGCGCGAGUCGGUGCGAAUCGACUGGCUCGCCUUCCCGCACAUUUUCGAGGCCAUCCUCACGUAUGCCGACGACGCUUCGCUAGGGGUCCUGCGCCAGACUUGCCGAACCGUGCGACAGAAAGCCUACGCGCGGCUGCUCGAGCACGUCGCGCUCGUCCCACGCACUCUGUCCAAGGACGUCCGUGGCGCGGCGCUUAUCUCUGCCGGGGGUGUACCGCUCUUCCGCGACUGUGAAGCGGUGUGGAGAUGCGAGUGUGAUUCGGCCGCCCUCCAGUCCGGGGCACAUGGGCGGGGCACUGCGGCCGCCGCUGCCGCAUGGAGUACGCCAACGACGCGUGUUGAGGUGAUUGGCAGCGUGUCCGCGAACUAUGUUGCCGCGCUCGUACGCACCAUGACCACAGCACCGGAAUGGACGCUCAGCCUACGCACUGGGCCGCUCGACGUACAUUUCGUCAUACCGGGCAUACACAUCCCGAAUCUCGAGGUGCACCUCGACCUCCUCGACGCCUGCACACCAGGUUACGCACCGAUGAUCUCUUCGGAUCAUACUGUCGUCCACCUGUACUUCUGUCCCAACGAUGUUGCGGUCGACGGCAAGCGCCGCUGUAAGGGCCAGGUGGCUUACCUCGCCGAAUGCACGGGCGAGAUCACAGUCGUUUUCCAUCCGGAAACGAGUGAGGGGAAGCAGAGUAAAGGAUGCCUGGCAUGGCUGUGGAGCGACCUCCUCGUGUCUUCCAGGUACCCACAAUACACUAUUGUCAAUGCCGAGAGCUUACCUGCCGAAUGGAUGGAAGGGCGACCGAGCAUUGAUUCCCGCGGGCGGGCGAGGCGGUCCAUUGCCAGCCACGCGCCGUUUUGGUGGGACGAGGGUAUAUUUAACGACAAGUUCCAGUUCCUCUCGAUGGAGGAAUACGAGGUUGAGAUCGCGGGGAAACCGGGCUCGAGUUAA